UCAUCUCAUCUAGCUACGCAAUAAUAAUGCGCUUCAACACUCCCACGCUUCGAACCUUCCACACUUCCACACUUCCACACUUCUACACUUCCACACUUUCACACUUCCACGCUACGCUACCUGACCUUUUACUAUCCUCACUACCCAAUAGUUACUAUCCACACCAUCCAAUCGGCAUUCAUUUCUCCCUUCACUAACCUCACUCCAGAUUUCACUACUUUGAACUAUCCCUAUUUUUUUAUUCCUGCCAAAACUACCUACCUAGCCAGUAUUAUUAUAUCGAUCAAUCAUUGAUCUCUUUUACUACUAUAUACUCCGUACUCUUAUAUCUUUCGACUUUUAUAUCAUAGAGUGUUCAUCUUUACAUAUUACCGGCAAGAAGCCCUUUUCGUACAUAUCUUAUCCGCAUCAUCUAUUUCGAAAUAUAUUAUCAAAACCCUUCCAUUGAAGUCAAAGUUGAAGUUUUACACUUUGGGAUAUCAAUUCAAUGCUCUUUGACCAAUAAAAUCCAACUGCUAUAGGCCCUAGUGCCGCAACUACUAGUAACCCGACCCAGACUCACCCAGUCCUUUAAGUUUCAAUGUUUGUUUAAACUUUUGAAUCCAGACCCUUUAGAACCCCCCCCUCCUCAUCCACCACAGUUUUGGUUAGAAUAUUUUCUAACACUCUGUCAUCGAACAGGAGUCUAGAAUCACAUUCGCGCAUAAUUCCAUUUACCGGGGUUUCCAUUGUGGUCGACACCCUCAAUUAACUUCUCUCCGACCCAUCCAUCAUUUUCUCGUCGAUCAAUAGAGAAAGCCCCACUGUUGGAUGAGGUGCAAUCUCAUACCGGUACUCUGGCACUCAUAUGCUCUUUCGAAAACAUAUCCCCCUACCAUUUCCAUUGUACCUUGUCGUCGAUGACCUUUGCUUCGAUCGUUUUGGCUAAGGCAAACAGCGUGCGAAACGCUUGACUAAAUGCUUAAUGCAUUCAUACCCACGAUUAAACCGGAAAUUGGAAUGCAAGUGCCACGAUAUCGUCGUGAGGGCUUUGAGGGAAAGCCUUGCACUUCGAGAAUAUACAAACCCCAACGUCAAAGAGUUAGACGAACACAGACACAGACUCCGAUAAAAAAUCCAUUCCUUGAGAGGAUUGGGGAGGAAAUGACGGGGGUAACGGGAACAGGGACACGAGCACCACACGAUCUCAUAGACAGAGAAACAUUGUGCUUGUCAGACUUCACAGACGAUUCCAUACUGCAUGGCGGUGAUGAAGGCUUUACAAACACAUUGGGUCGAUGCUUCCCGGCUGCCGCGGAAAGCAAUGCUUUGGAACGCUUGGUUAAACUGAAAUCUCGGCUCCGCAAGGCUGCCACCUACGACUUCUGGAGAGUAUUGAUGGAGGAAAUGUGCGAUAUAACAGGAGCUCAGUGUGGAUUGGUUGCUAAACGAAUGCCGGUGGAUGAACAGGAUACCGCUGGUGAACUUCCAGAAUUUGGAGAAGAAGGCUCAUGUUUAAUGGGUGUUGCUUUUUAUACCAAAAGUGGGGAUCAGGAACCUAAACUUGAAAGAGAUUACAAGUAUACGGCCUUUGGUACACCUUGCGCUUAUAUGAAAUAUGACAAAGUAGUCAUUGUACCCGAGAGAAUGAAGGAGGUAACACCUAACAGUGCAGACAUAAUGCCAUGCAGUCAAUCAGAGGCCUUUAUCGGCGUGCCAUUAUCUGUGGAAGACAAAUCUUUUGCCCACUUUGCAUUAUUAUGGUCCGAAGAGGGUGCCCAAAGAAGGACGCUUAGUUGGAGCUUCAUAGAAAUGUUCAUGCAUUCUCUUGAAGACAUGAUUCUCCAGCGCAUAACGGAGGGGCACGGUUUCGCUAAAGAGACUAAUUUCCCAGAGUCCCUUCCAGCACAGAUCAUACCUUUUUCACCUAUCACCGCUUCGCAGUCACUUAAACCAUACGCCCGAAGCCUAUCCCACGAGCUAAGGACACCUAUGCAAGGAGUAGUAGGGAUGCUAGACAUCAUGUACUCAACUGUACUCGAUGCUGUCGCAAACCAACAGGAUGAGCGGGCUCGAUCUGUUUUUGCAGAUCUCAAAGGCAAUAUUGAGAUUGUGCAGGGUAAGUGAAUCCCAUCGUUAUGGUUACCUAUUUGAUACUGAUCUUACACAGAAAGCUCUAGAAGGGCAAUAGAAGCAGCCGAUAAUGUCGUCCACGCAUACGAUCUUAACAUGCAAAUGCCCGAUGUUCCUUUAACUCCUGAAGAUGAUGGAAAUAAAUCUUUUGUACUAACGCCAAACUAUUACCAGCCUAACGAUGCCCAUUUACAGGACGCAUUUUCAUCUCCAACUUUGAACAAACGAAAUCGUUCUGAAGACCUUGAGCUCAAUUUAGGAUCUCCUCCUAAACGUACCUUCACUUUAUCCGAGCGAGAAAUGUCGCGCCAUUUAAGGGAUAUCGAUUCCACAAUAGUUUCUACGACAAGUUCAAGCUCGGAGAAUAUUAUUCGAUCCACAGUCACAAUGACUUCGGACGUACAGAUGGAGUCAGAUGGCUUUCCUUUCGCCUCGAAACCCAGUCCACUUACUUCGCCGGCUUCCAUGAACUCGGGGCAUCAACGUAUCAUCACCCGUGAUUUUAUGCGGAAUCUUAUCAGUGAUGCUCUCAAAAGCGAUUAUCCAACCAGAGAGCACCAUACCAUAACCGAAUUUGGUGAGAUGAUUGAAGUGAGAACACAAGGGUCAAGGGGUGAAAUGCAAGAGUGUUUAAUUGAAUUAGUGAUCCAGCCCGACGUUCCGGAGGCCAUUCUUACUGAAGAACAGCAUUUACAAUUCUCAAUUUCAAAAAUAAUCGAUAACGCAAUCAAGUUUACGGACGGUGGCAGGAUCACAAUAACGGUCAAACUUAAUAGUACUGGGCACAUGGUCGAGGUAUGGGUGGUUGAUACAGGAUGCGGCAUUACCGAAGAAUCGAGAUUACGUCUAUUUCAACCUCAUUUCCAAGAGAAUGCAUCAAUUAGUCGACCGAAAGAUGGACUAGGCCUUAGUUUAUUCAACGCGAAAGCUCAUGUUAGGAAGAAUCUUGGUGGUGAUGUUACGUUGGAAAGAUCUGCAACAGAAGGUCCGUUUAAGGGAUCUGAAUUCCUGAUACGUCUUCCGAUAUCAGCUCUGGAUAUGAAAAGGUCGGUAACUCCACUAGUUGGCUCAUCGCCUAGUCACCCUCGAAUUACUCGAGAUGCCGUUAUAUCUCCUUAUACAACGGUUCCAAUAAAAACUCCACGUCGACGAGCAACUCCCAAUGCCAAUCUUGCCAAAGAAUACCCUCUCAACUUCCUCAUUGCAGAAGACAACGUAAUCAAUCGAAAGUUCGCUUUCACAGCCCUUAGCAGACUUGGCUACGGUGCAGAUAGCAUUACACUUGCAUUUGACGGUGCAGACGCCGUUCGUUCUUAUCAAGCCUCCUUAUCAAAAUCAUCGGGUCGCUAUGACAUUAUAUUGAUGGAUAUAUGGAUGCCAAAUAUGGAUGGUUACCAAGCUACAAGGGAGAUAAUGAAAUUGGCGGAAUCUCAUGGGCAAACGGCGACGAUUGUGGCGGUCACAGCUGAUAUCACAGAUGAUUGUUCGAUGAGGGCAAAGGAAGCAGGCAUGCAGAGUUUUUUAGCGAAGCCGUAUCGGGUUAUUGAUAUGGAGAAACUCAUUAUCGGGAAUUUUCAGCAGGGAGUAUUCUGCUGUUCGGAAUAAUGUGGCGUCUUUUUAUUUUCUCUUCUUUUGUAUAUUUGCAUUACAAUCUUGGGAUUUAAACAACUUAGCGGGCUAGGUUUUCAUGGCGUUUGGUAGAUGUCAAAAUAUUAGGAUAUUAAGACAGAAGACUGGUUGGGUACAGGAGCAUUCAGCGUAGCAUUAUGGAGUCUUCAGAUGUUUGUUUUUUGGAUCUUGGAGUUUUUAUUAUGAUCAGGGUGGGAGACCAGAUUGGUAAGGUUGGGGAGACAUGGGAAAUCAAUUACAGGAAUAGGAACAGGUAUGGGCGGGAAUUAUGUAUGAAUUAAUGUAUGGGAAAUAUCGGGAGGGUUUAGGUUACAUCUUAGUGCUAUUAAUUGCGGAAAUAUUGUCGAGGUAAAAGCUACUCGUGAGUGAGUUUUUGCUCCUCGUUAGACUUACAUUGGAUAUAUUAUUUGCCCAUACCACUCAAUUCAAAC